UCUGUCGCUUGAAACGGCACCCUCUUAACACUCCUGUCCCCAAAGCUAAAAUUUCUGGCUUUGUCAUUCACAUUUCUGCGCUUGAACAUCCGCGUUACCAUCCCGACUCAAAAACGAUGCCUCUUAAAUGGGUUUUCAAUUGGCAGCCCAAUGCAGGAUCAACGGUGAACAGCCAAAUCCUAAACGAAGUUUCACAAUGCGUGGAGAGCAUCAACGGCGUCAAAGAAGGGCGCUGGAAAGCUACUCUCACUUACUACAAACCGAUGUUGCGAGAUCAAGCAUUAGCCGCCGAGUUCCCGCGUGAUUUCCUUGGGAUUUCACUUCCAGAGCAACCCAACAAGUAUUAUUUCAUACUUCGAGGUCAUAAGAUUGUUCUGGAAGCGGAUUCUUCUAUUCAGUUGAUAAUGGAGAAAUUGCAGUCCUAUAAAUCCAGGGUCGCCCUUAAUUUCGAGGGUUUUCAGUACCAACUCGGAGACUUUCAGUUGAGGGUAGGGAAAGUUGUACCUACUCAUUCUGAAAAUUUGAGAGGAAUAGUUAUGGAGCAGGUGGAGUAUCUUCCGAUUUCUUCACUAGAGAAAUCCAGACAACUCAUGGAGGAGUUUGUUGAUAUUUGGCAAGAUGCUGUAUCUAAACGAUCAUUGCCCGGCCAUUUUUUGCAUAUAGAACCAAACUUCUCAGAUUAUGGCCUUGCAGACCACUAUACUUCACAACACACAGCUGUUCAAUACGCUCAUGUCAUGGCUCAACUUAUUGCAUCAGUGCAAGCAGGACAAGCUGCAAGAAAUUAGUAUAUAUAUAUUUUGGCCAUUUAGAAAUUAAGAUAUUGAUAUUCCACAAAGAUGGGUAUUGAGAGAGAGUUUAAGAUGAUCCAUGUAUGCUACUUGUAUGACUGGAUUCUUUCUGAAA